AUGCACCCGGAAUCAACGUUCACAGAGUAUCCACAUGAUAACACCAAGUUCUUGCGCACAGAACAGUCUCUGCAGUGGAUGUGUGGAAUUCUGCAUGCGACCAAAGAUGAAAAUGGGUCAUGGAUCCCACGAAUGGACUACGCUUGCGCAGAUGGCUUGGGGCGGGUCACAGAGGAAGACCUCCCGCAGAAACUGGUGGACCGACAAAAUUGGAGUGGAAUGCUCUCUUUGCCCCAUGAACUCAGUCUGAUCUGCCUUCGAGGGGUGACUGGCGCUCUGAAAUUAAAACUUGAAGAGAUCACAUCCAUCGAAGCCGUGCCCGAGUCUGAAGACACAUUCACCGUCCGUACCCUGAGGAUAUCUCCGGCUACGUCCAUGCAAGGACUCCGGAAUGGCGGUCGUCAAGUACUAGUCCGAGGAUCACAGGUCCUCACUUCCGCAGACGAUUGUUUCAUGGACGUGCAAACAUGUCGCUUCGAACUCCUCGCGGUGCUAGAUGUCUCGGACUCCUGCUCGCGCAUCGGACUGAGCAUCUUCCACAAUGAAGAGCAUGAGAUCGCAUCUUCAACCAUGAUCUCCUUCAUUCCCGAGACCGAGACUCUGAAGAUCGACCGCCCAGACUCGAGCCAUGUGGACCCGGACAUUCACACGUUCCCCGAGACUGCGCCGUUCACAUUGUUCUCGUUCAAGAACAGCGAUGACGGAUCUCAGUGCAGGGAACGUUUGGAGCUCCAUGUGUUCUUCGACGAGUCGGUCUUCGAGGUCUUUGCCAAUAGCAGAUGUGCGUUUGCGACCAGGGUGUACCCGGCCACGAAGCGUUGUUGGGGCAUUGGGUUCUGGGCCGAGGAUGAGAUGCAGGCGUCGAGAUUGGUUAGUGCCACUGCUUCGGAUGGAUUGAGGGCAGAUAUCAAGGUUGCGUGA